AUGCGGGGCAGUCGGGGGUCAGGAUGGAACCUUUGGACGAGUUACUCCGGAUUUGUCGAAGGACGGCACAUGAACACCGCUGCUCGCAGGCACUCUGGGCUGUGGUGUGGUGUCCGUUUGCUGCGCAUCGCCAUCACUCUUCCAGACACAUUGCUGAGCCGCAGUUGCAAUUGGAAAUCAUUCGCAGUGUGCAGCCUCACUGAACGUGUGCACCGCCGGCAGCUGGAACUGUUGCAUGUGUUCCCCCCCUCUCCCCCCCCCACCCCCCGACCCCGUCACACUCCCCCUGCCCGGCUCUGUCCUCCGCUCAGGCUGCUAGACGGUUGCCAUCUGCUCUGCUGCUGCGGCGCACCGUUAGCCGUGCACAUGGAGAGGGCAGCGACGGCCGAGGGGAACUCCACCGAGCGAGGGGCCCAGGAGGGCAGUGCGUGGAUCGCAGCCUUUCUCUGCCUCAUCAGCCUGCUGACCGUCGCCGGCAAUUUCCUGUUGAUUUUGCUGAUCUUUACGCAGCGCUCCCUGCGCAACACUUCCAAUUACUUCCUCGUCUCCCUCUUCAUGUCCGAUCUGAUGGUCGGACUGGUUGUGAUGCCCCCGGCUAUGCUGAACGAGCUGUACGGAAGGUGGGUGCUGGAGAGUGGCUUCUGCUCGGUGUGGUCUUCCUUUGACGUGAUGUGUUGCAGCGCGUCCAUCCUGAACCUGUGUGUAAUCAGUCUGGACAGAUACCUCCUCAUCACCUCUCCCCUGAAGUACAAGCUGCGGAUGACUUCUAGCCGAGCCCUUUUUCUCAUCUUCACCACUUGGACCCUGGCCGGUUUGGCUUCUUUCCUGCCCAUUGAGAUGGGAUGGCAUGAGAUGGACUUUGAGAACCAGGCAUUCAACUCCGGUCCCGCGGUGGAGGUGCGCGGCGCUCAGUGCAGACUCCUGGUUAGCCUGCCCUACGCUCUCAUAGCCUCCUGUCUCACCUUCUUCCUGCCCUCGGUAGCCAUCUCCUUCACCUACUGUCGGAUCCUGCUGGCUGCCCGGAGACAAGCUGUGCAAGUGGCCUCUCUCACCAGCAACGUGGCCACCACUUCUGAUGACCCCGCGCAGGUCGGUGGAGCUCGGAAUCCAUCAGCGGGAGGCAGCGACAGUAGAAAAUUUACCACCAAACACAGUAAGAGGGCUUUGAAAGCCAGCCUGACUCUGGGAAUUUUACUGGGAAUGUUCUUUGUAGCCUGGCUGCCGUUCUUUGUGGCAAAUGUUACGCAGGCGGUUUGUGACUGCGUCCCGGCCUUGCUCUUCGAUGUACUGACCUGGCUUGGUUACUGCAACAGCACCAUGAACCCCAUCAUCUACCCUCUCUUCAUGCGAGACUUCAAACGGGCCAUUGCUAAGUACCUGCAGUGUCCCCGGCGCUGGUGGGAGAGGCGGCCGAGUGUAGUGUCCUUCACCAUGAGAAACUCCCACAGUGGUCCGCGGCUGGGCCUGACCCUAAGAAAUAUGUUGGUUCUUCAGCCAGAAACUGACUCAGCCGAAUCUGUCAUCCAGACGAAUGAUCACAUCCUGCUCCCGGGCGGCCAACCACACAAGGUGACCGAGGCCAAAUUCAAGGACACCACGGGGGUGGAUUCGCUGCAUCUCUUUGAUCUGGAGCAGUCAGAUCACGAAUUCCACAUAAACCAGCUGAACACGCCAAUGGACUAG